AUGUCCUUUGCAGGAACUCCCCUCGGUCAAGGCAGGCGGCUCGAUCACGACACCUUUCUCAACAAGCCCCAAGCCAAGUCACGUCCGCCGUCCACAGGCUACUCGUACCCAGCCAACGGCUCGCGCUCGCCCCCAAAGCUCCACCCAGAGAAGUGGGCGUACAAGGACACCUCGGUCAACGUCGCGAACGCCUUUCAUCUCGCUGCGGAGGAUAUGAACCCCAAUCAGGCCUGGGCCGCCGGGCCCUCGCGCGCCAACGUCCCGCGGAGCACCAGCGUCGAAUAUGAGAAUCAGGUCCGGCAAACCACUGGGCGCGGACUCCCCCCUCCUGCGAGCCGCUUUGUCAAACCGCCGUCUCAUGAUAGGUCGAAUGGGACGAUCACGCAGUCGGAGAACAGCUUCGCGCGCGAGAAGUCUCCCUUUGACCAGAUAGCGGAGAAGAUUCAUCAAUCCAUCCCCGGCCCCCUCCAGUUUAUCGUGCGCCAACGCGAGCCGGAAGAUAGCACGUCCUACGAGUACUCAAUGGAGGAGCGCGACUACCAACAGCAGACUAAGCGCCAGACCCACCGCCGCAAUCGCAUCUCGACGGACAACAAGGCCUAUAAGCCGUCGCAGUCCGAUCUUGAGGAGUCAGAUGAAGACUUCGAUGAUGACGACCGAACGCGUCGGAGGAAGAAGAAGAAGAAGGAAACGGGCGGUGGUCUACUUACGACGCUGCCUGUGAUCGGACAGGACAAGAGGCGCAAACGGAAAAAGAAGAACGUAACAACUGGAGAGGACGAAGAGAGUGAGCCAGAGCAAGAUCAGCAGCAGCAGCAGCCUCCUAAUACGGCGCCUCCCCCACGCGCAGCCUCGCGCCCACCCUCCCUCACAUCUCAACGCCCACCAUCGGUCGCCCCACAGCGCGGACCAUCCAUGCCAAGAGCACAAUCACUACAUCCAGCAGACGUGUCCGAAGAACUCGAGGCCGGCGUCCGCUCGCUCGACUCCAUCGCCGAAAUGGACGAGUCCACACUCCCUGACCCCACAGCCGAGGAGGAGCUAUACCCGAGUCGACCACGCGGAUCUAUUAUCAGCGUCCUCGCGGGCAGGCUCGUCCAUAUCCUCAUCCAAGUGCCCUUCGUCUGGCUCGGCCGCAUCGUGGGCACCUUGGCCGACCUGAUCAUCCGAAUAUGCCGGAAGACAUGGUUGUUAGCGGGUCCAUGGCCCAUCGUCAUGCUCGGCAUAUCGCUGGUCUUGUACAAUGGGCUCGGGAUGCUCGGUUCGUUGUUCCAUCGGGGCAAAUAUGUACCUCCGCAGACGGCACCCGCGGAUAUCUCAGAACUGUCCAAUCGCCUGCUGAGCAUCGAGUCGGCUGUCUUGGCCCUGGCCGACCGCGAAGAGGUCUAUCGCAAGCUGCGCGCGCUAGAAACUCGCGUCGAUAACGCGGACCUUCGCGUAGGGCAGACCGAGUCUUCGCUGCGAAUGGUAGCUGGGAACGACCUGCAGAACAUCCGCAAGGAGCUGCAGGAGCUGGGCGCGAAGCUCACAGCCGAGAUGGAGCGCGAGCGUGCUGUGCCGAUGCCUUCCACCGAGGACGAGGAAGCAAGGUCGCGACUGAAGGCUCUCGAAGAGCGCGUUGGCGGCGUAGAGGGUGGCGUCAAGGAAGCGCUCGACGCCAGCAAGAAGGCGGCUACUGCGCCUGGCUGGUGGAAGAAGCAGCCCGGCUCAGCACCGUCUGCCGAUGCCGUCCGCGACGUCGUCCUCCGCAUGUACUCCGGCGACAUGCUCGAGCGCGUCGACCAUGCCCUCUUCACCGGCGGCGGUGCCAUCGUCCCCACGCUCACCUCGCCCUCGUUGCGCCAGAGCCUCGUUGCGCCGCGCUCCGGCUUCUCUUCCGUCCUCAGCUGGAUCUCGGGCGGGCACGGCGACAUCGUCGAGCGCUCGCCCGUCAUCGCGCUCACUCCCGGCGUGCAGCCCGGCCAGUGCUGGGCGUUCGCGGCCGGCGAGGGCCGCCUGGGCGUGAAGCUGCGGCUGCCCGCGCGCAUCGACGAGAUCACGAUCGAGCAUGCCGCGGGCAGCAUCGCGUACGACCUGCGCAGUGCGCCUCGGGACAUGGAGGUCUGGGCGCUCAUCGACGGCGCGGACAACGCGGAGAAGUGGGCCGCGGUCGUCGCCGCGCGCGAGGCCGCCGGCGUCCCCACCGACGAGAGCGAGGCGGCGUUCGCGGCGGAGAUGGCGCGGCUGACGCACGGGGCGCUGUACGUGCGCAUCGCGCAGUUCGCGUACGAUAUCGAGGCGGGGCGGUACGCGCAGUCUUUCGCGGUGGCGGAGGAUGUGCGGGAGCAGGGGAUGGACUUUGGGAUCGUGAUGCUGAGGGUGCUGACCAAUUGGGGGCAUCCGGGGCAUACGUGUCUCUAUCGCUUCCGCGUGCAUGGGGAGACGGCGGCGACGAUCGAGCCUCCGCACGUCCCAGGGGACGAGGCCGACGGAGAGCCAUAG